UGUUUUUUGGAUUAAUUGAAAAAUGAAAGUGUUUUUAUUCGUCACAUUCGUCGCUGUGUGCUCAGCUGCACGAUUAGAAAAUAAUUAUUUACCACCAAGUGGUGCUAGUCAAUCAGGUGGUGCUUCCGCUGGUAUUGUAGCACCUGUAUAUGGUGCACCAAGUGCUGGUAGCCGAGGAGGUAGUUUCGCUGGAAACUUUGGCAGUCGUGGUGCUGGUAGCGCUUUUGGCGCUGCAUCUGGUAAUGCUUUUGGUGGUGCAUCAGCUUCAUAUGCUCCAAGACCAAGAAAUCCAAAUAAUGAUAUUCCAAUCCUUUCCUACUCAAACGACAACAAUGGUGAGGGAAGCUACAGAUACAGUUAUGAAACUGGUAAUGGAAUCCGUGCUGAAGAACAAGGUGCAUUGAAAAAUGCUGGCUCACAAGCUGAAGGUAUUGCUGUACAAGGUUCAUACUCAUAUACAGACGAACAAGGAAACUUAAUCCAAGUAACAUACACCGCUGACGAAAACGGUUUCCAACCACAAGGUGCUCAUUUACCAACUCCACCACCAAUUCCAGAAGCUAUCUUAAAAUCAAUCCAAUUAAACGCUGCUGCAGCUAGUAGCCGUGGAGGUUCUUAUGACGAUGGUUCAUACAAUGAAGGAGCUUACUCCCAAGGAUCAUCUUCUCAAAGAUCAUCUUCCCAAGGAGCAUACUCCCAAGGAUCGUCUUCCCAAGGAGCAUACCGUCAAGGUUCAUAUAGCACAGGUUCAGCUGGAUUCCGUCCUUCAAGACCAUCAUUCAAUCCACAAACAGGAUACAACUAUUAAAAUGAAGCUUUUUAAAAAGCUUUUAAUUUUAAUUUAAAAGCUAAGUAAAUUGUAAAUAAUUUUUAAUGUAUAUAAAUUUAAUCGUGCAAUGUUUCACUGAUUACCGACAAGCACAUACUAAUUUAAUGUUGACGACGAUUUAAAAAAUUUUUAAUUAAUAAAGAUUUAUAUAUUUUUGUAUCAA